UACAAUUUGAUAAUGCUAGCUUGCUCAUUCUGUUCUGGCACAGAUAAAAUGAAGUCAUUUAUUAUCAUCGUCACAAUAUUUUAAAAUUAAACCUUGUACUAAAUAUAUAGAGUUUUUUAGAAGAUAAAGAAAGCAACAUUUAUAAAAUAAGAUGCCCCGCGCCCGGGAAGAAAUGCAAGUAAACGUGGCGGGCCUAAGGAGAAAUAUUAAAAACCUCGCGCACAACUAUUCCGAUGCCCAGGUAAAAGUGCGCGAGGCAACAUCAAACGAUCCAUGGGGCCCAUCCAGUACUCUGAUGGCGGAGAUCGCCGACCUCACAUACAAUGUGAUGGCGUUCACCGAGAUCAUGCAGAUGAUAUGGAAACGGUUAAACGACCACGGCAAGAACUGGCGGCACGUGUACAAAGCUCUAGUCCUGAUGGAGUACCUCAUCAAGACAGGUAGCGAGAAAGUGGCGAUGCAGUGCAAGGAGAACAUAUUUGCGAUACACACGCUUAAGGACUUCCAGUACAUGGAAGAGGGGAAGGACCAAGGUCUAAACGUGCGAGAAAAGGCGAAACAACUAGUGAAUCUUUUGAAAGACGAGGAGCGUCUGAAGAACGAGAGGGCUCGCGCUCUGAAGGCGAAGCAGAGGUUUGCGCAGAGCGCCAGCGCCUUCGGCAGCGACGGCGCGCUGGACACGCCCUCCAGCCCCACGUACCCGCCGCUCAGCAACAGCGAGCCGGCGGAGUGGUCGGGGCGCGAGGCGGAGCUGGCGCGGCCGCUGACGGCGGGCGAAGAAGAGCUGCAGCUGCAGCUGGCGCUCGCCAUGUCCCGCGAGGAGGCCGAGCGCGAGGAGCGGCGCCGCCGGUCCGACGACGUGCGCCUGCAGCUCGCCAUCAGCCAGUCGCAGAACGACUUCCAAACUACAGGCGUGGAGCCCAAGAAACCGGAGCAGCAGUCACAUCUCCUGGAUCUGCUGGACGUGAACCUCUCCCCGUCGGCCGCGCCCCCCGCACUCGGUGGGGCCCCCGCGCCGCUCGACCCCUGGGGCCUGCCCUCGCCGCCCGCGCACGUUCCCCUCGCGCACCCCGCGGACACGUCGCCGGACGCCUGGUCGGGCGCGCCCAGCCCCGCGCGCGACCCCUGGGCGCCCGCCGCGCCGCCGCCCGCCGCGCCCGCCGCGCCCGCCGCGCCCGCCGACCCCUGGGCGCCCGCGCAGCUCUCUGCAUUGCAGAACAAGUCUCCCCUGUCGAUCCUGUCGUCUCCGUCGUCGUCGGAGCUGGAGCAGUUCGACGCGCUGUCGCAGCGGCCGCGCACGCAGCCCGACAGCGACCCCUUCGACCUGUCCGCGCUCGGUAACACGUCUCCUUUGGCGACAAUAUUCUCAGGUGACAGUCUGACUCCAAAACCGGUGUCACCCCCGAACACUGGCGCCAUCAAGAAGUCUCCCUCUGCCUUCCUCGGAGAGAACUCGUCGCUUGUGAAUCUUGAGCGUCUGCUGCAGCCCGUUGCGCCUGACCCCCCCGCACCCAACCCCUUCGCGCACGAGCGACCUCCGGCACCCGUCAAACUGUCGAUCAAUGAAAUCAAACAGCAACAAAUGGGCCUCAACACGGGCCUCUCAUUCCCAAGCGCGUCGCCUGCCUUCGGGGCCCCGAUGGCCGCUGCGCCGCCUCUGGUCGGGGGCCCCGCGCCGGCGCUGUCGGGCCCCCACGCCUUGGGCGCGGCAGCGGACCCCUGGGCGCCGGCGCGCGCCACGUCGCCGUGGUCGCCGCCCGCCACCAGGCACACUCCCAAUCCCUUCCUAUCCUAGCCACAGAGCAGCUCUCAGUAGACGGGCAGCUCGCAGCCAUGCUUGAAGGUACCGUUUGGUAUGAGACCGAUGGUACACAUGCUUCAUCGUUUCAUCAGUGCAUAAACACAUGUUUGCAACGAGUGUUGCCAGUUCGAAACACUUUUUAUUUCAAUAAAAUUCUACAGCAAUAAGACAAAUAAUUAUAAAUAAAUUGACCAAUUAAUGAAUUUAAUAAACUCGGAGUUCAACUAGCUGGUUUGUGUGUAAUGAUGGAACUAUAAAUAAAUUUUACAAAGACAGUUGUCAGUCAAGUCGCUCGUGAAAGUGUAACCGUCGGUCGCUUUCUUCUAUUUAGAUUCAAUCUAAUAACUAACCGAUCAAUUCAUUUAUGUCAAUGAAUAAUUAUUAUUCUAAGCACUAUGUACAAAAUUGUCAAGGCAAUAUUUUUAAAGUGAA